CACGAGGGCGGAGCUUUCAGCGUUUGAUGGUGUUCAGUCGGACGCCGAGCCGUUUCCCCAUCUUCAAGCAAACUCUCGUUAGCGCUCAUCUUUGACUCAUUCCACUCCAUCAGUUCGAUUCCUCGGGGAUUCCUUCAGCACACAGAUGAAGGUGGAGGAGCGACGGGACGGUGGCGAGGCUUCAUCAGACUGCUAUGGCGGCGCCGGUCGCUCCAAAUCCGCCGAGCGCUGCAUGUCACGGCUGCUGAGCGCGGUGGAGAGCGAACUGCAGGCCGGGCGGGAGAAGGGCGACCCGACAGAGAGGGGGCUGCAAGUGACACUAGAGGACGCUGAGCUGUGGAGGAAGUUCCAGCAAAUCACCAACGAGAUGAUUGUCACCAAGAAUGGGCGGCGCAUGUUUCCCGUCCUGAAGGUCAGCGUGUCAGGUCUCGACCCGAGUUCCAUGUAUUCAUUUCUGCUGGACUUCAUGCCUGCGGAUGGCUGUCGGUGGAAGUUUGUCAACGGUGAAUGGGUGCCGGCAGGCCGAGCGGAGGUGCGCAACGAGGGCCGCAGCCACGGCGGCAUCUACAUCCACCCGGACUCGCCCAACUUUGGAGCUCACUGGAUGAAAGCGGCCGUGACUUUCAACAGGGUCAAACUGACAAACAAGGUCAACGGAGAAGGACAGAUCAUGCUCAACUCGCUUCAUAAGUACCAGCCUCAUCUCCACAUUGUGUGCGUGGGCUCUCAACAUCGUCUGGUGUCCAACGUUUCCUUCGUGGAGACUCAGUUUAUCGCCGUCACCGCCUACCAGAAUGAUGAGAUCACAGCUCUGAAGAUCAAAUAUAAUCCUUUCGCCAAAGCCUUCCUGGACGCCAAAGACAGGAACCCAGGCCGACCGGGUUUAGCUGAGCCAGCAGAGGGUCGUGUUGGGGUUCCACCAUGUUGGUCUCUGUGCUCACCAGCUGGAGGUGGGAACUUCUCUUGCGGCAGCAGCCUUUCGCUCAUGUCACAGCAUGGAUACAGGCGCCAUGGUUAUGCUGGGCGACACGCCCCCUACCCCUCCCCUUACCUGCCGCACCGCUCACACCAACCAGGUGUUCAGAUGUUAUCAGACGGAUGGAGCCCCUCCUCCUCGUAUCCCCUGACCAACAACGCCCCAUCAUCACAGCCUCCUCCUCCUCCUCACAGCCCCAGCCGGUAUCCCUGUCUAUGGACGCUUGGCUGCGGUGAGAUAAGCCCCUCCCAUUCGCCAUGCCCCCUUUUCCAAGGACCGGUCUGCAGCGAGAACCUCAUGCAGCCUCACAGUAGUACUCGAGUGGAUGGUGCAGGGUGGGCUCCUGGCCCCACCCAUUCUUUCUAAGAAGGCACAUCAUUGGCCGAAUGGGAUUCAGCUAUGAGUGGCUAUUGAUUAUUUAUGAAAAUAGGGUGUUCCCUCUAUCAUGGUUUGUCAAAAAUAUAUUCAUUGAUAAAUCAUGUUGGCUACGGCCUACUAGUAAAAACAAUAUAUGCAGAUUUAAGCACGUUUUACGGAUUUUCUUUGGUCAAAAUUAAGCAUUUUCAAGCAAAACAAUGGCUAAAAGUCAUGUUGUGUUUAUGUUAUGAUAAAUCACCAUUUUGAUGAUUAUAUCUAUGAUCAUUAUUGUAGUUGUAAAACACCAUUAUGUCACUAUAUGAUUACAUUCAUUUAGACUUCUGUUUGUGUUGGAAAAAAACAACAUACCUGGAAAACAGGAAGCGAACAAAGAACAGAUUAGUAAGAGAUUGUAAAAGUAACAGACGGGGGGACGGGGGGCGGAGGGGGGCCGGGGGUAGGAUUUAAUUAGCUUAAUCAUAAUAACAACACACGCUGCUGUUGCAGCUGUAACCCAUGCCAAGCUAAAACUCAACUCUAAACCCCAACGUCACUUCCUGUCCUCCACACGUGGGGAACACAUUUACUGUGACACAAAAGAGGACAGGUUUUAUUUAAAUAGCUUAUUUUUUCUGAUUAUGUUCACUACAUUGAGUAAUAAGUGUAUAAAAGUGACUUUUUACAUGUCUAGAGGGCUCUAAUAAUGUUAAAAAAACGUAUUUAGAAGGUUAAAAACAAACAGGUUUUGUAUGCUCCUAGCUACGGGAAUGUUACAUUUAUAAGGAAUCCUAGUUUCCAGAAAUUCACUUAUCACAGUCCAGUGUGGUGUGGAAUGAAGCGCAAUAAACGAGGGAUUACUGUAUAUUGUAUAUUGCAUACACUCUGGACCAAUUUUGACAGUUUAGUGCUGUCCCAAAUUGACUACUAUUGUUGCACACUUUCCAGAAAUGACAAUCACGAUGUUUGUCCACUUCUUCAUUGUCUACUACUCAGCACUACAACAGGAUAUACAUGACCACAUUUAGUCGCUUCUAUUCAUGACUUUCCCGCUGUUCCUCGGCUUCCUCGGCUUACUGAGCCAACUAUUGAGUUAAAGUGUCCAGCAUUUUGGCCAUUUAUGUGCAACAUCCGGGUACGGCCUGUGCACUGCACCGCCGGAAGUGCGCCAAUUGAGACAAAGCCCUUAAAGCUUUUCAGGAGUCAUGUUGGUAUUUCAAGGGUAGAGUUUGAGCGCCACUUGCUGGUAAUAUUGGUGAUACCUAAGUGCAUUUGUGUGGCUUUCUAUCGUGAUGUUCCACCUUUGUUUUUUGUGGUGAAACCAGUUUUCAUGUGUUCCUUUGUGAAAUAGA